GCCGCUGUGCCCCAGCCAUGGUUUUCUUGUCACUCCCGGUGAACAGAAAGCUGCUUAUUCUAACAGUGCCGACUCUUAAGCAGUGCCUGAGGGAAGACGAACAAUGAUUUCAUAUUGCCCUAUGUGCGGAAAGCCGGUCUACUUUGCUGAGCGGAAGCGCUCUCUCGGCAAAGACUACCAUCCCCUUUGUCUGAAGUGCUACCACUGCAAACGGCAACUCAGCCCCGGCCAGCACGCCGAGUACGAUGACAAACCCUAUUGCUCCCAUUGUUAUCUUCAACGCUUCGGGCCAAGAGGGACAAGACCAUUAACCAGUCGCUCAUCCUUUGGUGCAUCUGCUUCAUCUAAGGUUCCAGCCACAACCCGAAAGACCUCUUAGAUGUCCUGUUAUACCGGAGGGGUGGCAAU